CUAAACGGGGCUUCCCGACUUUGCUCCAACUACAUCGUCAGAUAACCAAGCAAGAAUCUACCUUCCCGGGUGCAAUUGAGCGACUGACGAGAGGGUUUGGGCAGCGCCCGUUUUCGAAAAGGACAAGACAAGUGCAGAGAUGAGUCUCUCCGCCAGAUUGGCUUGGCGGGCGACGACGAGGUGUACUGCGAGGUCAACACCUGCUCUCGGGAGGUCCGCGCCCAGACCCACGAUAGCAUCAUCCCCGCGAUGUCUCUUCUUCACAAAGGCCCAGUCAUGGUUGGGUCAUAAGCCACAACAAAAAAAGCUGGAGGAGAAGCCCCUUGGGCCACAACCUGCGAUACAGCACGACAAUGAUACCAAGCCGUCACGCCCUGCUGCCGUCCUGCACGAAGACAUUUACACGCUGCCCAACAUAUUAACCUUCACACGUCUCGUUGCUGCCCCGGUCAUUGGCUACCUCGUUCUUCACGAUCAGCACGCAUGGGCCGUUGGCCUCUUUGCCUAUGCGGGCGUAACAGACCUCCUCGAUGGAUGGAUUGCGCGUCGCUGGGACAGCAAGACAGUCGUAGGCACAGUCAUUGAUCCAAUGGCAGACAAAACUCUCAUGACGAUUCUGACCAUUUGUCUGGCUGCCAAGGGCGCAUUACCGAUUUGGUGCGCUGGCAUCAUCCUGGGUCGUGAUGUCGGCCUCGCUAUCUCUGCAAUUUACUACCGAUGGAUUUCUCUCCCGCCACCAAAGACAUUUGCCCGCUAUUGGGACUUUUCACUCCCAUCAGCUGAAGUUCGCCCCACGACUAUCAGCAAGUACAACACCUUCUUGCAACUUGCACUCGUCGGAGUCACGACUGCUGCGCCCCUUUUGAGCACCGACUUGUCAUCUGCCCUGACAGUCAUGCAAUACGUCGUUGCUGCUACCACCAUAUGGAGCGGUGCAAGCUACAUCUACACAAAGGAUGCAGUCAAAAUCCUUAAUAAGCAGAACUCUAAAAACCCCUGAUUUACUAUCGUCGUUCAAAGUCUAUCAAGUGGCAGUCACGAUAGUAACAGAAGAGGCCACAAAUUUGGCUUCACCUAACGCGGCCCGAGCCUAGGGUCAUCCAGAAAGCAGGAAACGCAAGGUUUGAACAAAAGACAAAAUUCGAACAGCAAGACAAAGUUCAGCAAGGUUUUCCAAAACUUUGAGCUUGAGCUUGAGCUUGAAUAUCCUGUGUAUACCCC